CAGCCGUGCCUACAAGUGUCCUUAAAGCAGAGAUGAAUAAUACUGCAGCUAGCCCAAUGUCUGCUGCCACUUCAAGUAGUGCAAGAAGUACAGGGAAGGCUAUAAGUUUUGCAGCAGAAUUGCAGAGUAUGAUGUUUUCUUUAGGUGAUGCUAGGAGACCUCUUUAUGAAACAGCAGUUUUGGUAGAAGAUGUGGUACACACUCAAUUAAUUAAUCUGUUGCAGCAGCUGUGGGGAGCAAGAGUAAUCUCUCCUGAAGAUCUUCUGUUUUUGAUGCGCAAAGAUAAGAAAAAGCUUAGAAGACUGCUAAAAUACAUGUUUAUCUUAGACUACAAAUCAAAGAUCGUCAAAGGCAUAGAUGAAGAUGAUCUUCUAGAAGACAAACUAAGUGGUAACAGUAAUACAAACAAAAGACAGAAAAUUGCUCAGGACUUUCUCAACUCUAUUGACCAGACAGGAGAACUUUUGGCAAUAUUUGAAGAUGAUGAAAUUGAUGAAGUUAAACAAGAAAGAAUGGAGAGGGCAGAAAGACAGACUCAAAGUAUGGAUUCAGCUCAAUAUGCAGAAUUCUGUGAAAGUCGACAAUUAAGCUUCUCAAAAAAAGCUUCCAAAUUUCGAGACUGGUUGGACUGCGGUAGCAUGGAGAUAAAACCCAAUGUUGUCGCUAUGGAAAUUUUAGCAUAUUUAGCAUAUGAAACAGUGGCACAGUUAGUGGAUUUGGCUCUUCCUGUGAGACAGGACAUGGUAACCAAGGCAGGGGACCCCUUCAGCCAUGCCAUUUCUGCAACUUUCAUUCAGUAUCACAACUCUACUGAGGGGUCUUGCGUGAAGUCCUGCCCAGACUCCCCUGAGAACACGCCACCUCCUACACCAACAGUUCCAUCAUCUGGAUCCCAGCACUCAGGGAGAACUACAUCAGGAUCCCUAGUAAGUGGGAGCGCUGCACAGGACUCCACUAAAACCAAGCAAAGGAAAAGAAAAAAGCACUGCGGCCUGUGGUGUUGAGGCUCACAGCGAUGCCAUCCAGCCCUGCCACAUCAGAGAGGCCGUUUGACGCUAUGGACACAAGAUUGGCCCCCUUUCCCCAUUCACAAGUGCCUACCACAGAAAUGGGAUGGC